AUGCGGGGUCCCUGCCGGAAGGCCCCCAUGGUGGAGAAGUAAACAUACAUAUUCAGAAAUAAACAUUAGCUAGCAUUGGCAGUAUUGAUUUGAAAUAUCUUUUGAUUAUUUUACAUUGAUCAUUACACUAUGGCAGAUGAUGGCGAAUUGGAGAAACGUGCAGUGGAGGAGCUGCUGAAGGAGACCAGUAGGGCUCGGGUGCGAGCAGAAACUAUGGGUCCAGCAGGCUGGAUGAAAUGUCCACUGCGUAGCACCAACAAGCGUUUCCUGCUCAACACACUGCGCACCACCAUCCCACAGCGCCGCCCUGCUGGCCACUCAGGAGAACAGACAUCAGAGUGCAGGAGGCGCAGCAGGACCCCAUCCACAGACCACAGAGACAGUCACAGACGACACAGGGACGAAGACAGUCAUAGGGACAGCAGAGAACAUAGUCUCAAAGAUGGACACAAAAGAGACAAAGACAGCAACACGUGCCACAGAGACGGCUACAAAUACAGAGGGGUUGGAGACGAUGACAGAUACAGACAUAGAGACAAGAAACACCGGGAUAAAAGUGUCCCUGGUCACAAAACACACAGUCCCCAUUCUAAAGAACACUCCCCAUCUGAAGUCCCUUCCUCUUGUAGAGACCGCUCUCUCCGCCGAUAGUAGCUCCUCCUCCUCAUCAGACCACGCCCAUUUCAGGGCCAGUUCUCACUCCAUAGGCCACACCUAUCAAUCAAACCAGCACCUGUCAAUGACACUCCCAGUGGGAGGACCCACAUGUGACGUCAUAACCUUGUAGGGAGUGCUGUAACGGCAUUACCAGAGGAGGUUUUCUCCCUCGAAGACAUACAUAACCAUUGAAUGACUGGAAAGACAUACAUAACCAUUGAAUGACUGGAAAGACAUACAUAACCAUUGAAUGACUGGAAAGACAUACAUAACCAUUGAAUGACUGGAAAGAAUGUAUUGUCUGAGAAUGUGAGAAAGAUUGGGGUUGCUGUUGUCAGUUUGUGACAAGCAUAACUGAUUAAAUUGCAUUUGUUUCUACUGAUCUUUUAA